UUUAUAUAAAAUAUAUUAAGACUGACACAGGUUCCCUGAAGAAAGUAGGUCUCUUCUCAAUAUGGCAUUACCAAACAUUUAUACUGAUGUGAACUUCAAAAAUCAACCUGUUUCCUCAGGCAUCAUCUCAGACUCUUCUUCAUGUGCCAUCUCAGACUCAUCUUCAGCUCUCCCAAAGAAGACCACCAUUCACACAAGUAAUCCUGGCUUUCCCACACUGCUUCUUGCUUUUUUGAUAUUUUUCCUGCUGUUGGCAAUCUUAUUCUCUGUUGCUCUGAUUGUUUUGUUUCAGAUGUAUUCUGAUCUCCUUGAAGAAAAAAAUAGUCUAAACCAACUGAAUCAUGCAAAAUUGCAUUGUAUAAAAAACCACUCAUCUGUGGAAGACAAAAUCUGGAGCUGUUGUCCAAAGAACUGGAAGCCAUUUGGUUCCCGCUGCUACUUCACUUCCAGUGACUCUGCAUCUUGGAAUAAGAGUGAGGAGAAAUGCUCCCUCAGGGGUGCUCAUCUGUUGGUGAUCCGCAGCCAGGAAGAGCAGGAUUUCAUCACCAACACUCUGAACCCUCAUGCUGCUUAUUAUCUGGGGCUGUCAGAUCCAGAAGGCCAUGGACAAUGGCAGUGGGUUGAUCAGACGCCAUACGAUCAAAAUGCCACAUCCUGGCACUCAGACGAACCCAGUGGCAACACAGAAUUGUGUGUUGUGCUAAGUUACCAUCGAAACGUUAAAGGAUGGGGCUGGAGUGUCGCCCCUUGUGACGGUAAUCAUAGGUUGGUUUGUGAGAUGAUGCGACUCUACCUAUGAAUGAAGCCUUCUCAACAGACACACGAUGUGAUUGGAGUGGAAGUUGUGAUUAUAGAGACAACUAGGAAGUUCUUCAUUCAGUCCUCUUAGGGAUCUAACAGGGACUUGCUUCUCUCUCUCUCUCUCUCUCUCUCUCUCU